AUGGCGCCUCGCUCAGCUUCGCCGUCUCUUCGGCAGCCUCUCGUUGGCCAGGCUGAGGCGACCGCUCCGGAGAGGCGGGAGGAGGCCCACGGCUCUUUUCCACAGUUUCUGCGCCUUUCGUCUUCGUCCCAUCCAGAACGUGGAAUGCCGACAGAGCUCCCUUUCCAAGAAGCUGAAGCGCAAGGCAACGCUAAAGACCCCACGCGCGAGUGCCUGCGCGAUCGGACGGCUUCAGCCAAUGCCCCGCUCCCUUUCCAAGAAGCUGAAGCGCAAGGCAACGCUAAAGACCCCACGCGCGAGUGCCUGCGCGAUCGGACGGCUUCAGCCAAUGCCCCCAUUCUCCUGGAUCCUUCCGCCUCGCCUUCCGCCUCGCCUUCCGCCUCGCCUUCCGCCUCGCCUUCCGCCUCGCCUUCCGCCUUGCCUUCCGCCUCGCCUUCCGCCUCGCCUUCCGCCUCGCCUUCUUCCCCCGGACUUCCUGUUUCUCUGGGUGUUGCGUAUGACGACCACGUGAAGGAGCGGCUUCGGAGCACGCACAUCCUGUGGGGUUCGGUCCUCGUUGAUGGUCUGUUGAUCGUCGCCGUUCUCGCGCAAGAGUGGAGCUCGCUUUCGUAUUCUUUCUCGCAUUCGCUCCUCGACGUUGCCCUUCUCCACCUCUCUCGCUCGUGCGCAGUUGUCUUCUCCGUUCUUCGCCUGGUGACCAAACGGCUCCGCGGCCGUUCCUCGGCAGUUCGCCCGACCCCGGCCGCUGAGUCGUUCGGGCUCUUUGUGGAUCUUCGCCGCCGAGACGAAGAAGGCCAAGAGGACCGAACGCGUGGCGAGAGCGCAGGUGGGGGAGAUGCCAACGAAGAAGGGAGACGUGGAGCCGGGGACCAGACCUUCGGCGCAGGCGCCGGUUCCCUCACGAGCUACGCAGCACUUGGAGAAGAUGAAGAACUGAAUCUUGCUCGCCACCGAGACGCGAUUUGGGCCCUCCAAGAAGCUGAACGCGAGGCCGAAGCCGCGGCGAAUGAGAAAAGCCACAUCGACACUGCUCUCCGCGUGGUCUUUCUCUGCCUCCUGGGAGCGGUGCUCAAGGCCAUCAACAUGCGCUUCGAGGACGUGCUGAGCGCAUGCGCCUCUACCCCAUCGUCGGUCACCUCUCCCAGCGAAUCAAAUCGGAGAUACAGGCCAACUCUUCCGUCCAUGUCAGUCUCUGCUUCAGGCCUCCGCGUGCUUCUCCCCUUCGUCGAGGUCGCGUGGGCGGUUGCCGCGCCAUUCUUGCAGGCCUACUUUCUUUGGAGAGUGCGGGUGUGCUUGAAUGAGGAACGCGCGCUGCUACACCGUCGCCUGCUUCAGCUUCUGCUUGUCGAAAGACGGGGAGCAACUGCGCUGGGCAGUCAGCGCGUCUCUUCUGACCAGCAGGAAACGAGGGGAACGGAAGACUCGGCUGUUGACGGCGCAGGCGAAGAGGAGCAAGACGAGGUUGAAGAACUCAGUACUGUCGAGUUCCUCAAGUUGCUUCGCCCCUACUUUUGGCCGUCAGGAGCCUCAGUCGAGGGCCCAGGCUCGGCACGUCUGUGGAAUUCUCCCGUCGUGCUUCGGGCGCUCGCGCUGUCAACGUUUCUCUGCAUCGCCCUGAGCAAAGUGCUUACGCUGGUGUCUCCCCUGUUUCUCGGCGGGGCCGCCGGAGCAGCCGCCGAAGCAGCGACUCUCGUGGCGGCGGGGCGCCGCGACGAAGCUGCGGAGGCCGGGCGGCACGCCGCGCAGUACGUCGCCGCCUUUGCGGGAGCGGCUUUGGGAGCGAAGGUUUUCAAAGAGGCGCAAGCUCUAGCGUAUUUGAAGGUUCAGCAGGCGGCGUAUGUGGAAAUCUCCGAGAGGACGCUUCGCCACCUUCUCUCUUUGCCUCUGGAAUGGCACGUGAAGAAACAGAUGGGCCACGUCAUUCGCGCAACGGAUCGAGGGACGGAGGCGUGCUCCUACUUGAUGACGUACCUUUUUCUCUAUUUGGUGCCCGCCCUGUUCGAGUGCAUCGCCGUCUGCCUCGUCUUCAUUUUCCAUUUGCGCCAUCGGGUCCUCGCCUCUCUGCUCUUUCUCUCUCUUUCCAUCUACGCGUGGAUGACGAUUCAAGUCACUUUCUGGCGGCGCAGAUGGCGGGAGGCACAGAACCAGAGAGACAGCCGAUACCACCAGUUGGCUAUCGACGCGCUCACGAACUUCGAAACGGUCAAAAUGUUCAAUGCAGAAGACUACGAAGUGAAGCGCUACGUGGGAGCUGUGCAAGAGUAUCAGGAACUCGGGACCAAGAUCCAAGCCUCGCUCUCCUUUCUGAAUGCUGCGCAACAAACCAUCGUCUACGCAACGCUUGUGGGCGGUCUGGUGUUCACCGUCCAGGCGAUCGCGCAAGGCACCAUGAGCGUGGGGGAUUUCGUCACAGUUCAGAUGUAUCUCCUCAACGUGUUCGCUCCUCUCAACUUCCUGGGCACAAUCUAUAACGUCAUUGUGCGUUCGGUUGCCGACGCACAAAACCUGUCGCAUCUUUUGAGUACGAAGCCGGGAAUCGUCGAUGCGCCUGACGCGGCUUCCCUCGUGGACAUCCUCGCACGUCCUUCGGCUCUGCCUGCCUCGAGCCCUGCCGGCGUCUCGGCUUCUUCAACGACGGCGCCGGGGUCAGCGCCUCUCGCCUCGCUCGGGUCCACCCCCAAUCGCACGCAGGCUCGCCCGCUCGGCGAGGCCGCCGGCGAGGAUGAGCGGAGACAAGGCGAAGAGGCGAAUCAACCUGAGAGAUAUUCCUAUCUUCAAGCCCCGGUGAGGCCUCUCGUCGCCUACGCCAUUGGACACUCCCCGCCUCCGCUGCCCUACGCUCCAAGCAUUGAAUUCGAUAACGUCACCUUCAGCUACAGCGGCCAAGGCCGACACCGGCGGUCGAUUCGCGGCGUGAGCAUCAAAAUCCCUGCAUGCACGACGUGUGCUCUCGUCGGAAUCUCCGGAAGUGGGAAGAGCACCCUGACCAAGCUGUUGAUGCGCCUCCUCGAGCCAGAGAGGGGUCGCGUGUUGAUAAACGGCGUGGACAUCUCGCGCGUCACUCAGGGGAGUCUGCGUGCAUGCAUUGGAAUGGUUCCUCAAGAACCAGUAAUGUUCAAUGCCACAAUUUACGAGAACAUCGCCUAUGCAAAGCCCAACGCGACAUUCAGCGAGGUCGAGGCAGCAGCCGACGCGGCGCAGCUUCUCCCUCUGGUGCUCGCCAUGAAGGACAAAUGGAACACGAAAGUCGGAGAAAGAGGCCUGCGGCUCAGCGGAGGAGAACGGCAAAGGGUCGCCAUCGCGCGAUGUUUCCUGCGGAAUCCGCCGAUUGUUCUCCUCGACGAAGCAACCUCUUCACUGGACUCCGUGACGGAAGCGGCCAUCCAGAAGGGUUUGCUGAGCCUCAACAGCAAUCGCACGGUGUUGAUGGUGGCCCAUCGUCUCUCGACGAUUCUGCAUGCAGAUCUCAUUUGCGUCAUGAGGAACGGGAAAGUCGCAGAAAUGGGGACGCAUGCCGAACUGCUAGAGAGACAGGGGCUGUACGCAGAGCUGUGGGAGGCGCAGGCGAAGCAAGAGAGUCGCGAUAGCGAAGAAGAACACGACGAAGAAAAAGGAGACAGAGGCGACGCCAACAAGUAG